AAAUCCUUAUGCUAAAUACUUAAUAAAUAUAUAGGAACUAUAUUAUAACUACAUUGUGUUUGUGUAUCUCAGAUGGUAUGAAAGUGUAAGAUAACAAAAUUUUAAAGAACAGAAGAAAAAUUAAUUAAAAACAAUAAACUUUAAAUAUAUACAUAUGUAUAUGUGAAUAACUAAUUGAAAUUUUUAAAUGACACACAUGACUGAGGUAAACUUUGCCGAUUUUCAAAUGGAAGAAAGAUACAAAAAAUUAGAACGAACUUUAAAAUUAGCUUCACUUAGACAGGAAAACAGAACUGAAGAUGUAUCAUGGCCAUUACUUACAUCCCCUAGUAUUUCAAGCAUUAAUGCAGAUCCAUUUGACUCUACUACUAAUAUUCCAUCUUUACAAGUUUCCAAAAUUGAUAGUGAAGUUGUUUCUUCAAGCAAUAAUUUGAGGAAUAUACUGUUGAAAAAGAAAGGCAUUAAUAGUAAUCACAAAAUGAUUGCUACAUCUAGCGUUAAGAAGUUUCGAGAAGAAAAUGACUGUUUAAAAGAUCGUCUUAUGAUGCCACCACCCAACUUUAAUAAUCAUUUUUGUAUCAAAAAGAAAUUAAACAGCUUAACAUCUCCUAAUGCAAAAUCUUUACCACGAAUUAGAAGUAAUUCCUCUGAUAUUGACAUUGAAUCACCUAAGAAAAAAGGAAAUCACAGAUUUUCUAGUAACGAUGGAAACUAUAUUGACAGCUUUAUUCCCUCACAAAUUAGUUGUGAUAAUUUUGAAAAUAAAAAUGUUAGAAUGUUUACAAAAUGGAAAGUUAUGUUAAAUGAACAAAAUGAGUUGGUUAUUAAAGGAAAAAUUGAGUGUGGGAAGGUUGCUCAGAGUAAGCCUAUUGUAAGAAGAUUAACAAGUACUAAGAUAGUAUCCGUUUUUAAACAUUUGUAUCACUUGCAAGGAAAUAUUGUUGAUGAUGAGUAUGAAUUACCAGAUUAUGUUCGAGGUAAAUUUUAUAGUGGAUUUCCUGAUGAUUGGGAAAAUGUUUAUCAAAUUUGGAGAACAUUUGUACAGCAAGGAUGUAGUGCAACUUUUCGUUGGCCUACUCCCAUUACAGAUAGUGAUGAUGAUUUAAGAAGUGAAAUAACAGAUAUCACAUUUUUCAAUUCAAAAAGCCCUAAGAAUAAAAGAUCAAAUUUGAUGCCUUUUGAAGAAUUCUAUGCAUCUGAAGCAUCAGUUAAUCUUGACUGUACAUAUAAUAUUUUGCAGACAAAGGAAAAACAAAAUCUCAAUUCACGUAGCUGUCAAAAAAGUGAUUCAUUCACACAAACAUGUUUAUCUGAUACAAUUAAGAACUCGCCUUACAGAGAAGUCAGCAUUCAAUCUUUAAAAAAUCAAUAUGGUAAUGAUAAAGAAAAUAUAAAUUUGAAUUGCACUAAAACUACAGUGAACAGUUUGAAGGAUAAAUUGAACGUUAUUGUAAACAACUUAACAGAUAAAAAUUGUGAUGAAGAGUGUGUGGGUAAAAUUAUUGAAAUAUUUGAUUGCUUAAAUUAUGUUGUAUCAUACGGGACAGUUAAAUAUAAUGGAUCUAAUAUUGAAAAUUCAAAAUUGAAAGGAGAUAAACAUGUAGUGGAAGAACGAUAUAAUGGGAUAAAUGAUAAGUCUCAAAAUUGGGUAGAAUCUGAAUCAAUUUCACUGCAACGUUCUGUAAAUAGUACAGUUGCAAAUCAUAACAAUUCAUUACGAAGAAAGAGAACUUUUGCGGAAAUGAGUAAAAAUAAUGAUAUCAGUACUUCCGAUAGUGAAAAUGAAAUUUAUGUAGGGGUUCCAAGGAUACCGAUAAAUCGAAUAAUACGACAGAAAGACAUAUUACUGAAGCCUUGUAAACGUAGAAUACGAAAAAAAACAAUGUAUCAAAACCAUGAUGCCAUAGAAAAACAACAUAUUUCAAACGCACCAUCAAUUAUGUCAGAUAACAAUAAUGGGAGCUAUAUAAAAACAAUAAGGUCUGAAAAAGAAAAUGUUACAGAUUUUAAUGAUUCUAGUAUCAGUAUUAUAGAAGACGAGAGGGCUCAUUUAAAGGUAAAGGGAUAUAUAAGCUCAAAUAUUCAAAAUGAUGUAGAUAAAUAUGUGAAAUCUGAUAUCAUGGGAAGAGAACAAUGGGGAAAACCAAAUGAUUUUACGAAAAUCGAAGAUACACAGGAAAUCCAGAAACAUUCUGUACAACAGAAUUCAACAGUUAUUAAUAAACCUAUCAACUAUUUGCAAUAUUCUAAUAAAAAUACAACAGACAAUCCUGAUCCUGAACAGACAGAUCCUGAGUUUACUAUGGCUAAAAAAUGCAAUAAUACAAUGACGCAAACGAAUUCUUACUUACAGGAAAGCAGACAUAAGAACGAUCAAUAUCAAAAUCAUUCAUCCUGUCAACAAUAUGAAGAAUUAUUAUUACAUCCAAAAAAUACCAUGACUGAAAUGACGAAGCCUGUUGUAAUUAGCUCAGUUCCUAUUGAUAUAGAAAUUAGAAAUACACAAUUACGUUUCUUACAAGAUCCAAAGGUAAAUGUAAUUAAGGACGAAAAUAAGGCCGUUAAAGAUUUAAAUGAAAAAGUUAAAAAUAGAAAUUUGACAAAGAAAAGGUCUCCUAUGAAAUCUAAUGCUAUUUCAAUAACGAACUCAAAUUUAUUAUCUGAUAGUACGCAAUAUUCUGAAGAAUGUAGUAACAUUCAAUCGAGUAAUGUCGAUCCUAUUAUUUUGAAAAAGUCAUUACAGGAUAAUUUAAAAGUUUCUAGAGAUAAUAAAUUUAUGAAUAAUUGUAAACCGAAAUUAUUAUCUGCUUGGACACCGAACAUUUUAUCCAAAUCAGGAUUACAUUUAAUUUUUGAGGGAAAAUUAUUAAACGAAGUUGGCCACAUCAUACAUAGGAAGUUUAAAACGGAUAUAAUAUUUCGCCGAGUAUCACAAAAAUUGGUCGAGACAAUUCAUCAUGAAUUUUAUCAAUUAAUUGGUGACUUAAAUGAUACGAAACAUGUUGUACCUAAAGAGUUGGUGAACCAGUGUCGUUAUGGUUGCCCCACCAAUAUAGAACAGUUUUGUGAAAUAUGGAAAUCAUUAGAAAAUGCUGAUAUUACCGAUUCGGUACACAUUAUAAAUGUUGGUGUGAGUUCAAAAGGUAGAAGAAUAAUACCUCCAUUAAGUUAUUGGAGAGGAGAGCGCAUUGUUCUAAAAGACAACAACCCAGUAUAUAAUCCUGGUACUUCUCAAAACUCUCUAAUAGUUUCUCCUCGUAAGUCUUCUGCUAAAAGCAACGACAUAAAAAAGAGGAAAAACAGAAGUGAUAGCAGCAAAAACAAACAAUUAAACAUAUUGGCACAGAAUGUACCUACAAUUUCACCAGAGAAAUUGGUUAAACCCACUAAAAAUAAUACAAAAUUAGUCGGACACAACAGACCCACAAGGAUUGUAACAAGAAGUAAGAGAAAAGCUUUGCAAGAAGUAUCAGAAUCAAGCGUUUCCAGUGAUGAUAAAAAUAUUCCCGCAUAUGAGAAUCAGAAAAUGACAUUUAAUUCCGGAAAUAUAAUAAGUAAAGACGAUGUAGAAUCCAUAAAUGUUGAAAAUUUGCAUGAAUCUCGCAUAAAUCUUGUUACAACGAAACCGACAAAAACAAGAUCAAACGCGAGAAAAGAUAUCGAACCGAAUACGUCACUUAGCACUCUUCCUAAACAAAUGUAAGUCUUGGAAAUCAGCCAUCAGCUGGAAAAUAUCGUGAUGUAGUAUAUACGUAUUAUCAAGAUGUUGCAGGUAAAAACGACAUAUUAUCAGAUGAUCAAGUCUCUCAUGUAUAAAGCAAUACGACGUUGAAAAAAUUUUAUUUAUACGCACGUUUUACAGUUAUGACUAAUAUAGUGUAAGUGUUUUGUUACAUUUUUAAAUAAAAAAACAGAUAUAUGACUAUUGUUCGUUUGCUGA